AAUAAAAAAAUGUCAGAAGAAUGAAUAAAAUCGAAAAUUAAUCUCUGUCAUAAAUAUAAUAGUUUACUUAAGAUUUUUUUGUAAAUUCGAAUUGCUAGUGCAUAUAUAAGAUACGUUACAUUAUUUUGGCACUAAUCAAUAUGACUAAGUAUUAGUUAAUCAACGAAAGUGAAGGUGUUUGAAAUCACACCAAACGAUAAGUUUUGGUUCUUUUUGUUUCAUUAAGACGUUUGUGAUUUUAACUGCCCCGAUGCCUGAAAGCAUAAAACUUUUUGGGACAACAUGUAUGACAUGUUGUCGGAAUUCCGAGUAUCAGAGUUUGAUUCAUUUGUGGAUAUAUUAAGGUUGACUCCAGGGGAUCCGUUAGAUACUUUUGGUGAAAUGUGGUAUCCCGUGUUUUUGUGGUCAUUGUGCUCGUCUGCCUUUGUUCAUACUUGUGCAGCACUUGUAGCUUUUGGAACUCUAAGAAAGCACAAAUAUGGGAAGUUUUUUCCUGUGUUGUUAAUAGUGAUGGGUGUGGUGAGUCCAGUUACAUCAGGUGUAGCUACUAGCGCUGCUAUCGCGUUUAUUUACCGAGCCGCCAAUUUAGCCAUGCCACCCAUACAUGCUAUGAUAUGGGGUAUAGGACAGACUAUACUGGGAGCUGGUAUUGGAUUUACAAGAAUUUUAGCUACCUUGUAAUAGUCAAAAACUAUAUCACUACAUUUUAUACAAUAAAGUUCAACAAUAAUUUGAACAAGUAAGUUCAAAGCUAUAGCUAUGUCAAUUAUAAUAGUGUAUGGUAAGGUGAAAAUAUCUUAAGAAAUGGUGCUGAAUUUCACAUAGUUUCUUAAUAUGUUUGCAUCAUAAAUAUAAAAAUACUCAUUAGUGUACACUUUGUGCUCGCUAUUAGUAGUGAUAUUUCUUUUCAUUCUUUGAGGAUUUUUUAUUUGCAUACUGUAGAUAUUAAUCACCCUUAUUGUAAAGGACUUUGUAAAGAUUGUAAACCAUCCAUGUUUUGUAGUGUAUAAAUCUUAUAGUAUAAUGAAAAUUAUGGCAAGCAAACAUUUGAUACAACUAUUUACGUAGAUUUCUGUUUGAAUAUCACUUUGUAAAUACUUAAUUAUUUAAAAACUUGACUGAAAAUUGACAAAGUGCUUUUGAUAACGUUCAUAGAUAUAAUCGUAAUAUGCAUUCCAUAACAAUUAAAAAAAUGUCUAAAUUAUUACUCAUAAUUAAAUGCUUAUGACAAUGUAAAUUUCGACUUAAAAAACCUUCAUCAAAAAAUAAACAACCAAUAAUUAUGUAGUAACAGUUGGAAAAGAAAACAUAAAGAUUGUUAAUUUGAGUUAAAUGUUGUCAGUAAUUAGUGUUAGAAAGUCCCCACCGAUAUUGUUUGAAAAAAAAGGCACAUUUUUUGUGAUAGUAAAUUAUUAUAGCUUUAAAAAUAGUGCAAUGAUUUUUUCAAAAUGUAUUCAUAUUUGUAAAUAUUAGUCAAAAUUAUUACAAUUGGCAAAAACAUCUUUUUGUAUAUUUCUGGUGUAUUUUAUUUAAAUGAUGAUCAUGUUCUUUUUUUAUUUUAUAUUGUACUUAUCAAGAAUAAUAAGUAUAAGAUACCUAUUAAUUGGGCACUUCCAUGUCCAAGAUUUAUUUUCAUUUGUAAUAAUAAUGUAAUACAGUUCAUAAUUCAAUUCAUUUUAAUCACUUGGCUGGAUACUUAGUCAUAUAUUUUGUUCCCAUAAUUUUACAAGUCAACAAAUAACUUGGUUUGAUGUGAUUCAUAAUAAAAAAAAAACAAAUAAAGUGUACAUUCAUAAAAAAA